UGCUUCCGUUCCGCUCGCGCUGAGUGACGGACCCUCCCGUCCGAGCAUCUCUGUGCGGCUCGUGCGACACCCUGGUGGCUGCUGUAGUUCUAGGCGCUAUGUUGUCCCACUGUCGGUGUUUCACACGCACCCUUGGGCGCUCCCUCUCUGCGCUUAGCCAGGGUCAUAAUGUGUUGGGGAGGAGGACUUUGUCAGGCCUCUUAGCUGCUCGUCACGUCACUUACAAGGAGAGCAGAUUGGACUGCGUCAGCACAUCCAACAUAUUCCACAUUCGUUACCUAAGGACGUCAGCAGCUUACAGGAAUGAAGUGAUCACAGUGAAGACGCCGGCAUUUGCAGAGUCUGUCACAGAGGGGGAUGUGAGGUGGGAGAAAGCUGUCGGGGACACCGUCUCUGAGGAUGAAGUGGUGUGUGAAAUCGAGACCGACAAGACUUCAGUGCAGGUCCCCUCCCCGGCUGCAGGCGUGAUUGAGGCCCUUCUGGUGCCGGAUGGAGGGAAAGUCGAAGGUGGAACCCCACUCUUCACGCUCCGCAAAGGAGCGGGCGCUGCUAAACCCGCUGAUGCUCCCCAGCCAGCUGCCCCCAAAGCGGAGGCCACUGCAGCUGCUGCUCCUCCACCUCCUCCUCCAGCAGGGGCCAUUCCCACCAGCAUGCCCCCUGUGCCUCCCGUGCCAGGGCAGGCCGUCGACACCAAGCCUGUGUCUGCGAUUAAGCCCACGGUGGGCCCGGCUGCUCCAGCACCCCAGGCUGAUGCCGCCGUCAAGGGGUCCAGAUCAGAACACCGGGUGAAGAUGAACCGCAUGAGGCUAAGAAUCGCCCAGAGACUUAAAGAGGCCCAAAACACCUGUGCUAUGCUGACCACUUUCAACGAGGUCGACAUGAGCAACAUCCAGGAAAUGAGAAAGGUGCACAAGGAUGCCUUCCUGAAGAAGCACGGCGUCAAGCUGGGCUUCAUGUCCGCCUUCGUGAAGGCAGCCGCACACGCCCUGGCCGAGCAGCCUGCUGUGAACGCCGUUAUUGACGACACUACCAAAGAGAUUGUCUACAGGGAUUACAUCGACAUCAGUGUGGCUGUAGCAACACCAAAGGGGCUGGUGGUUCCGGUGAUCCGGGGAGUGGAGGCGAUGAACUUUGCUGACAUUGAGAAAACCAUCAAUGAGCUGGGAGAGAAGGCACGAAAAAAUGAACUGGCCGUGGAAGACAUGGAUGGAGGAACCUUCACCAUUAGUAACGGAGGAGUGUUCGGCUCUAUGUUCGGGACACCCAUCAUUAACCCGCCGCAGUCUGCCAUCCUGGGCAUGCACGCCAUCUUUGACAGGCCUAUGGCUAUAGGAGGCAAGGUGGAGAUCCGGCCCAUGAUGUACGUGGCGCUGACGUACGAUCACCGUCUUAUUGAUGGCAGAGAGGCAGUGACUUUCCUGCGCAAGAUCAAGAGCGUGGUGGAGGAUCCGAGAGUACUGCUUCUGGACAUGUGAUCUGUCCAACUAAAUUAAAGUCUAUUUAAAAGCCACAAGCAAUGUCACACCCCCAUCUUCUGUAAUGCAUUUGAAUAAUUGGAUUGGUUAAAAAACAAAAAGUGAUUUUGAAUAUUCUGGUACCUCACCUAUCAGUGACGACUGUGGUUUGGCUUUCUGCAUGGAUUCUAGUGGCGAAGAGCUUGGUUAUAAUGUACAGUAUUGCCGACCAUUUUAGUGGACUGGGUGUAUUCUUAGUGUAAAGACUCUGGGGGUUUUCGUUUAUUUUCUCUUGUUCUGGUCCAGCCUAUUCCCUUUUCUCAUUAUAUUUGAGACUAUAAUUAAUCCAAUAUUUGCCUAAAGAAUAAUGACAGCAACAAGGGAACGUAUGAACCACAGUUUUUUAAUGCUACCACCGGAAACCGUGCUAUUGAACCCUGUCAAUUCUUUUUUAAAUAUUUCACUACAUGGUCCUUAUGUAAUGAAAUUAUUUCAUACGCACAAGUUAGCAGCGUGUCUUUCUCAUGAGUUUCGCUGAGUCAUCGACAACCUUGAGAGCAGGUCCAUCUCUGCUGCAUAUGGUCGUGGGUGUAUUUAUGAAAAAUGAAAUUUUAAACAUUAAAGAAACAUGCAAUUUA